AUGCUUGGACAAGAUUUCAGCACAUGGGGUUCCAUCGUUCGAAGCUUGUGUUUAGAUGCAAGACACAGCGACGCCUUGUCCCUUUUUCACCGUUGUUUAAAGGGUUAUGAGGCUUUCAAGCCAGAUUACACUGUCCUUGCUGCCAUUCUCAAGUCUUGUUGUGCCCUUUUGGCUCCCAAAUUGGGGACAUCUCUGCAUAGUUAUGUUGUUAAACAAGGUCAUGUUUUUUGCCAGGUUACCAAUCAAGGGUUGCUCAACAUGUAUAUCAAGUCAAACAAAUGUGAUUCUGAUGUGAUGAGAGUGUUUAAGAUGAUGCAUUCCAGUGGAGAGGCUAUGCCGAAUUCAAUUUUCGUUGCUACUGUCCUUCCUGUUUGUGCUCGUUUAGGGGACCUGGAUGCUGGACUGUGUGUGCAUGGUUAUGUUUUCAAGUCUGGUUUUCAACAAGACACCCUUGGUGGAAAUGCUCUCGUGUUAAUGUAUGCAAAGUGUGGGGUGGUGUCUCGUGAUGCAUAUGCUGUCUUUGAAGAUAUUGUUCACAAAGAUGUUGUUUCGUGGAGUGCAAUGAUUGCGGGCUUAGUUGAGAAUGGAUUAGUGGAGGAUGCAUUCUUGUUGUUCAGUUCAUUGGUGAAAGGGCCUACAAAGUCGAAUUAUGCGACUGUUGCAAAUAUUCUGCCUGUUUGUGCUUCCUAUGAUAAGAGUGUUGCAUACCGGUGUGGCAGGCAGAUCCACUCUUAA